AACAGCCAUCGCAGUCCUUCUCAGAACAGCCAUCACAGUCCCUCUGAGAGGAGCCAUCACAAUCUCUAUGUAAGGAGCCAUUAGAGCCCUUCUGCGAGGAGAUGUUGCAGUCCUUCUGAGAGUAGACGUCGCAGUCCCUCUGAGAGUGGCCAUCGCAGUCCCUCUGAGAGGAGCCAUCAAAGUCCUUCUCAGAGGAGCCAUCAGAGUCUCUCCAAAAGGAGCCAUCAGGGUCCCUCCAAGAGGAAAUUUUGCAGUCCUUCUGAGAGAAGAUUUUGCAGUCCCUCUGAGAGAAGCCCUCGAAGUUCUUCUCAGGAGAGUCAUCACAGUCCCUCUGAGAGGAGCCAUCACAGCUCUGAAAAAAGCCAUCGCAGUCUCUCUGAGAGGAGCCAUCGAAGUGCCUCUGAAAGGACAUGCAGUCCUCCUCAAAGGAGCCAUCACAGUCCCUCCGAGACGAGACAUCACUGCUCUGAAAAAAGCCAUCGCAGUCUCUCUGAGAGGAGUCCUCAGUCCUUCUGAGAGGAGCCCUUGCAGUCUCUCUGGAAGGAACAUUCACAGUGCCUCUGAAACAGCCAUUGCAGUCCUUUUCAGAAGAGCCAUCACAGUGCCUCUGAGAGGAGCCAUCGCAGUCCCUAUGUAAGGAGCCAUCAGAGCCCUUCUGCGAGAAGAUGUUGCAGUCCCUCUGAGAGUAGCAUCAGCAGUCCCUCUGAGAGGAGCCAUCAAAGUCCUUCUCAGAGGAGCCAUCACAGUCUCUCCAAAAGGAGCCAUCAGGGUCCCUCCAAGAGGAAAUUUCGCAGUUCUUCUGAUAGAAGAUGUCGCAGUCCCUCUGAGAGGAGCAAUCGCGGUCUCCUUCAGAAAACUUAUCACAGUCCCUUAGAGGGGAGAGGACAUGGCUUUUUAAAACAAUUUUUUAAAAUUUUUAUUUAUUUAUGAUAGUCACACACACACACACACACAGAGGCAGAGACACAGGCAGAGGGAGAAGCAGGCUCCAUGCACCGGGAGCACGAUGUGGGAUUCCAUCCCGGGUCUCCAGGAUCGCGCCCUGGGCCAAAGGCAGGCGCUGAACUACUGAGCCACCCAGGGUUUCCGAACAUGGCUUUUUUGAGAGAAGACUGCAGGGGUCCUCUGAAAGGAGCAGUUGCAGUUCCUCAGAGAGAACUCCUUGCAGUACCUCUGAGAGGAGUGGAUCCAGUCACUCUUAGAGGCAAGACACAAUCAUUCUGAGCAGAAGCAGCACAGCCCCUCUGAGAGGGGCCAACAGAGUUAGCCUGAGAAGACCCAUUUCAGUCCCUGUAAGAGAACCUGUCAGGGUUCUGCUAAGGAGAGACUCAAGCACAGCUCCCGUAAGGAGAGGCUCAGGCAUAGUUCAUCUAAAGAUUUCAAGGGUUAUUCAAACAUGUCUGUUAGAGACCACACACAAAAUACCCCAAAGCAGGGCAAAUUUAGAGGCAUAAAUCUAACAGAUGAGAAGAGAUCCGCCCCCAUUAUCCAUUGACUGGCUCAAGUCUUCGGCGAGCUAACCUUUUCCUGGCUUUCCUGCUCAGCCACUGUCUCCAAUACCUGCACCCUCAGCAAAGAGCAUCAAUGCUUGUGUA